AUGAAUGCACGUAUUGAAGAGCUCCAAGCAAAGGUAGCCGUAUACGCGGAGAAAGCAGAUUCACAGGCGAACACGACCGACAAUCAUUUGGCCAGCGAGUCUGUACAAGCGUCACAUACUGCCGAGGAGGACCAUUUCCCCUUCAAGCUCAAUCAAUAUUCACAAGCCCAUACGGAAGUGCCUCAGCAGCUUUUGAAACCACAAUCUCCAACCGGCCAGAUGUCAGAUGAAAUAUUGAGCAACGAAGGAAUUUUUGGCCAUGAACAGAUCUUAAUGACACUUUCUGAGAUGGCCCACGAUGCGGCGUUGGGUUAUCAGCAAGUGAUAGCCCCGAAGUUCAAUGAACCUGUAGACUUUGGCUCUUGGAGGUCUAAUCAAGAACCAAGGAUGCUGUGUGAAUCCACAAUGGGCUCUGAAGCUCAGAAAACCACACCCACAAGUUCGCAUAUCAGAGACAGCGGAGCGUUGAAACCUUCACUUCCGGGACACCGGGAUUCCAUGGAUGAACGUCUCGACUAUCUUCUGGAGCGCGUGGAGGACGCUGGAUUUGAGAACUUUGAUUCCAUGGUGACAGCAUACUAUAGCUCGACCUUUCCUGAGUCUUCGCCACUGUCUAUUGAACAAUCAUUGAGCCGUGAACGGCGGCUGUCUCGAGUCCUCUGGGAGAUAUUCCGAUCCUCCACUCAAUGGGCCGUCAGGGAGCGAGAAGGCUUUAAUGAAGAGAUCACGAAGAUUUGCGAGUCGCUCCUCAUAACGGAGAGCUGCAGUGCUCAUAGUGGGCUUGUAUGUAAGCUUAGACCUCUUAUUCUCGAUUCGCCGAAUGGACCCGCGGAUGCCACAUCACAGCGUAUCAUUCAAAUGAAGAGAAUUGUGACAAAUGAGCAUCCCAAGUUCUGGGCAUUUAUCGUGGGCUUGGCAUCGGCGAACCCGACCUUGCGCCCAAGGGAUCGCUCGAACCUUGCCCUAGCAGUCAUGUUGUUGUUGAAUUUGGCAGGUCAUAUUCCAAGGGAGCAGCUAAUUCGAGCUGUCAUCUCUUGUCUGUGA